AAUCAUCUAAAACAAAUUUAUGAUAUCAUAUAUUGUUCAUUGUUGUUAAAACUUAAAAGUAAUUUAAUUUUUUUACAUUUAAGAAUCUAUAACUAAUCAAUUAAAUAAGUUAAAAAUGUCUCGUGGAACUAGUGCCGGUUUUGAUAGACACAUAACUAUAUUUUCUCCAGAAGGAAGGCUGUAUCAAGUUGAGUAUGCCAUAAAAGCAAUAUUACAAGGUGGGCUUACAUCAGUGGCAAUUAAAGGAGUUGAUGUUGCAGUAGUAGCUACUCAACGAAAAGUACCAGACAAAUUAAUUGAUCCCAAAACUGUAACUCAUUUGUUCCGGAUCACAAAAAAUAUUGGAUGUGUUAUGACUGGAAUGACAGCGGAUGGUCAUUCACAAGUGUACAGAGCUAGAGCUGAAGCGUGUGAAUAUAAAUACAAAAAUGGUUUCGAAAUGCCUGUGGAAACAUUAUGUGGUCGUAUGGCUGAUAUUUCUCAAGUAUACACACAAAAUGCUGAAAUGAGACCACUUGGAUGCAGUAUGAUAUUAAUUGGUACCGAUGAUAGAAAAGGACCUAUGGUGUACAAGACAGAUCCAGCAGGAUAUUAUUGUUCAUUCCAUGCUAUUGCUGUUGGAACCAAACAAACAGAAGCUAAUACUUAUUUAGAAAAAAAAUUGAAAAAAAAGAAGGAAUAUUCAAAGGAUGAAGCUAUUGAAUUGGCCAUAUCAUGUUUGUCACAUGUUCUAGCUGUUGAUUUUAAACCUAGUGAUAUUGAAGUUGGUAUUGUAACAACUGAGAACAAGGACUUUGUGGUUUUAAGCGAACAAGAAAUUGAUCGUCAUUUAACUCAAAUUGCUCAAAGAGAUUAAGCAAGUUCAUAAAAGUUCAUAAAAAAAAAAAAAAUGGAAGUAUAAUAAUAUUGUAUUCUUCAUCAUGUAAUACUUUAAAAUAAAUAACAAUAAAAUAAUUCAUGAUUUUUUA